CCUUGCUUGUCACGAGCGGCGUCGCGCAAAUUAUCUCACCACCCAAUAGAUUCAUACGAAUGACCGAGACGACAGUCCCGUUGAGGAAGAGCCCAAUUAAUUCUCAUUCACUUAGCAGCGCGAUGCGACUCUUGAAUCUCUGUCGUUUACCUGCCGUUCACCUUGCGCAGCGCGCGAAAAAGGCGACCAUCGAUGGCGAGCCGCUGCGAGCGGUGAAGCUGUGCGCCGCGCGGUUACCAGGACGACGGGAGCGCGGAGGGUUGGACCAGCGGUGUGCGUCUCUCCAUAGGGAGAGGCGGCCGAGAUCCGGCCGCCGCCGCCGAGGGUUGCGCGAAGAGGGACGCACGGGGGACAGGGGUGUAUCCGGGGGUGGCUGUCGUCGGGAAUUUCGCAGAGAUGGAGUUUCUGCAGAAUCAUCACGCGGUCAACACCUCCGAGCCGCCGUACACCCUCGGCACAGGUUCGGUGGGUAGCAUCGAGGCGACGAUCCCGUCCGGGCUGUGCACGAGCGGCGGUCCAACGACGCUGAGCGUGCUCUCCGGCGACGAGGUCGCGUUAACUGCCGACGGCGGUAGCCAGCAGAACGAGGAGGCGGCGGCGGCUGCGGCGGUGGCGGCGGCGGCGGCCCUCGGCGCUCUGCAGGGCACGCUGCGUCUUCAGGAUCUGCAGGACGGCUCGCCGGCGGAUGACAUCGAGCAGCAGCAUCAGCAGCUCUCGAGUGCCGGUCAGGGCCAAGUGAGCGAGUUCGGCGCGAGUUUCUGGGUCGACGACAUGGCGGGCUUUCCGUUGCCCCCGCUUGACCUCGAUCCGCUGCCGCCUGGCCUCUUCAGCCCGUGUUCCGGCACGUACAACUGGGGCUGCACUCGCGGCGAAUGCGUGCCGAGGGGCGCGAGCAACGGCCCGAACGGCGAGGGUGUCGCCGACGUCCUGCUGUCGCUCAAGCACGCGGUGGUGCAUCCUGGCAGCCCCACGGCGGGGUAUUACUCCACCGGCCCGUCCGCCACCACUGCACAUCACUAUUCGCCGCAGGACUAUGUGCAGAAUUUGGGACCCGGCUCGGUGCCGCCGGUCGGCGCCCAUUAUGGCGCCGCGCCGGCUAUGUCCGUCAACGUCUCCAUGAACAUGACGAUGAACAUGAACAUGCACUCCGGGUACGAGCAGAGCUAUUCGUCGGCAUGGGGCGUGGAGCCACUUUUGAGUCCCGCCCCGCAGUACAAUCCGGUGGAGGCGGCAGCGCAGACGAGGGUGAAUUCGGCCGCGCCGGCCGCCGCCAAUAGCUUGAUCGCCGGUGGCGGCGGCGGCGGCGGCGGCGGCCACCCCCAUUCGCACCCCCAGCCACAUCAUCGGCUACAGCUCGCCGGUGGUGAGCACGCGAUCUGCGUCGGUACCGCUGGCCCGCCGGCGGUCACAGCAGGCAUCAACCCCGUAGGCAGCGGCGAGGAUAACGGCAGGCCGAACCUCUGCAGGAUAUGCGGCAAAUCCUACGCUAGGCCGAGCACCCUCAAGACUCACCUGCGCACGCACUCCGGCGAGAAGCCGUUCAGAUGUCACGCGUGCUCGAAAGCAUUUAGCCAGGCGGCGAAUCUGACGGCGCACGCGAGGACACACUCAGGCGAAAAGCCGUUCCGAUGUCCAGUCUGCGACCGGAGAUUCUCGCAGAGCAGCUCAGUCACUACGCAUAUGAGGACGCAUUCGGGCGAACGACCGUACAGGUGUCGAUUUUGCAAGAAGGCGUUCUCCGACAGCUCGACCCUCACCAAGCACCUGCGAAUUCACUCCGGUGAGAAACCGUACCAGUGUAAGCUGUGUCUGCUUAGAUUUAGUCAAAGCGGUAAUCUCAAUAGGCACAUGAGAGUCCACGGCGGUUCCAUGACGUGACACAGUCCGGUACCGGCGCUGGCACAGUCCGGCAGUGUGACCACGACGAUACUCGAUGACAACGGCGGCGCGGCGCGUCACCUGCCCAGGUGCUGUCGAAUACCUGUGAUCCGAUUAGGCAUCAACUCGCCGGAAAAAUAACGCGACGCGUCGAGCACGCAAGCGGACUCGCGGACUCGCGAGCGUCAAAUGGCCGGUGUAAUAAUUCGAUUGUCGUUACACCGUGUGGCACGUCACCGUUGUAAUUCGAUGCGGGUGUAUUCUUUAAAUUUCUCGGAGCAAGACUUCACUCGAGUUGCCGAGUGAGACACGCCCGAGUUCGAACGAUUUUUUAUUCGUGAGUACAAGUGAAUUUUCUAUUCUGGGCCGUCGAAUGAGAGUAUCCUUCACUCGAGAUUCAACAUAGCGAAUCCGAUGGAUUCCGUCGUUUUAUAAAUUCAAUCGAGCCGACAGAGAGGCACGUGUUUCUGCGGAAUUGGAAACCAUUCUAAGCUCGAGUGAAAAAAUUCACUUUCGCACUUUCGCAAAAGGAGAGGUGCUGCUGCUGUACCGACAGAAUGAAAUUUCACUCUACAAUUUUCAUCCUACUCCGUCGUUAAAUUCAUCACUGCUAUUUCAUUCUAUUGAGUUGUUCGGAAAGUAAUUUCGGUUUUUUGCAUGAAAAUGAAAGACGAUAUUUCUAAUAGAAAGAAAAGUUUUAUUCUGUUAAGCAUUGACCAUUUUGUUUUAAUACCUUUUGCCAUCCCUGAGUUAAUAACAUGACAAUUAAAUAUAAGCACAGCUCUCGAAGAUAACAUACACACACACAAAUCAAGAUAAAUUGAUGAAUUAGGCAAAUGAGAGCUAACGCCGGUGACAAAGCGCAAAUAAUAAUAAUACUAAUAACACUAAUAAUAACGCCGGUGACAGGCACAAAUGCAAAGUAUUUAUUGAAAUUAAUCACUUGGUAUUGAGCGUUGCGAGAACACGCCGUGUAUUAUUAUUAUAUCUUGAUCGGAUGUUGAACACUUAGAUGGAAAGUGUGACUUUUUCGUAAUUUUCACACUUGCGGUUUGAAUCUUUGCAUCUAGAUUUAGUGAUUGCUAAAGACAUUGGAUUUUUCUUUGCGACCUUUUAAAUACGACUUUUUUUCGUGAUUUUUAAUAUUAAUGGAGUUACUUACACUGAGGAGGGUAUUAAUUUCAAUAAAUACUUAACGUUUGGGCCUGUCCACCGGCGUUAUUAUUAAUGUUAUUAGUAUUAUUAUUAUUUGCGCUUUGUCACCGGCGUUAGGUCUGAUUUGCUUAAUUUUCAGUUUACCUUGAUUUGUAAUAACAUGACUCCACGCUCAUAAAACUUCUGGUCUUUAUUGGCAAGAAAUUGAAUUAAGUGAUUUUUCACACCUUCAUUUGAAUCGAAAUUUUCACUAUCCAAAGAAUUUUGCAGUGACUGAAACAAGCGAUAAUCGAAUGGUGUUAGAUCAGGUGAAUAUGAUGGAUGCGGUAACAAAUCCCAUCCAAGCGCUAACUGGCUUCUGGCGAGUCAUUAAACUUGUGUGAGGUCUUGUCAUAAUGAAACACAAUACCUUUUCCGCUCGCCAAUUCUGGUCUCUUCUGCUUGAGGGAAUCAUUCAAUUUGUCCAACUGAUGACAAUAUACAUUCGAAUCGAUCGUUUGGUUGUUUGGUAGCAGCUCAAAAAAAAACCAUUCCUUUCCUUUCCAAUCCCACCGAACAGAGAGCAUCACCUUCUUUUGAUAGAUAUCAGCUUUCGGUGUGCUUUGAACUGGUUCGUCACAUCUGCUCCAUGAUCGUUUGCGUUUAAUAUUGUUGUACACAAUUCAUUUUUCAUCUCCAGUUAUGAGUCGCUUCAGUAACGGAUCGUUUUCCUGACGUUUCAACAGUAAAUCGCAGAUGGUAAUGCGACGAAUCAAAUAUCUUUCUAUGAGAACCUGUGGAAUCCAAAUAUCGAGCUUCGAAACGAAACCAUGUUGUUUCAAAUGCUCACGCAUGGUCGAAUUCGAUAAAUUCAAUCUCUCAGCAAUUUCUCAUGUUGUUAAAUGACGAUUUGCGUCCAUCAAUGCUUUAUUUGAUCUUCAUCAGUCUCAACUGGCCACUUCCAGAACGUGGUGCAUCUUCGAGGUCGAAAUUCCCAGAACAAAAUUUCGAAAAUCAAUUCUGACAUUGGCGUUCAGUCAACACAUCCUCUCCAUACACGGCACACAAUUUUUUUCUUGUUUGCGCUGCAAUUUUGCCUUUAUGAUAAUAAAAAAGCAAAAUAUAACGAAAAUGCUCAUAUUACUUUUCCAUUUUUGAUAUGACGCCAAGCAAAAUCAACUUGACAGAUUCCAAAACAACUGUUUUCAAAUGAGGCUUGAAAUGUGUGUUGCAAAAAUGUAAAAUGUUUUUCUGGUUUAGAAUGAGAUUAACUGCUUAAAAAGGCGACUAACACUAUCUAUUUGAAAAAACCGAAAUUAUUUUCCGAACAACCCAAUAAUCGAAGUAGAGCAUUUCACUCGAAUUUGAGUGAUUUUUCACUCAAAUGGAAUGAAUUUUGCACUCUGAAGUCGAAUGAAUAUUUUCUUGAAAUUCAACAGUGAAUCUGAUGUAUUUCAUCGUUUUACAAGAACAAAUUCAGCCCAAUCGAUUGAAACACGCAGUUAGAAUCUAUUAUAAGUUCGAGUGAAACAUUCACUUUUAUACGAAAGUAAAGAAAUGCUGUAUCGAAAAGACGGAGCUCACUCAAAAUGUAAAGUAAGUUAUUCGGAUUCAGGUGAUUUUUCAUUCAUGCAAAAUACUCUAAAUCGUCCAGUGAAUGUCUUCUGAAAAUUGAAUGGCAAAUCUGAUGUAUUCCAUUGUUUUACAGGAACUUUACUUGAAUCGGUCGAAAUGUGCACUCGCGCGAAGUUAGAGUCCACUCUAAGCUGGAGUGACACGAUCAUUUUUACGCGAGAAGAAAAAGAGUGCUGUAGUGUCGACAGAAUCGGUCAAUGACGUCAUAAUGGCAGUAAAUCUUGAUUUAAUGACGGUAUCGUUCAAACUAAUACAUCGUACAUUGUUGUAGUAAUCCGAGUGAGGAUUUUAACAAUGUUGCUAUUGGAUCAUUUUAUUUAUUUAGAUUAUACUGCUGCUGACGAAUUCUGUUGAUACGAUAGCAUCCUUCUCCCACACACAGUUCCGAGGUCAGUAUUUUCACUACGCUUCGAGUGAAUUUCUAUUUCGUUUUCAUUCUAAGGAAUUUAGAGAGUACCUGGACGCAUUCGUGUCCGGAAGGAGGAAAGAAGAUCAUACGUUCGGAAUCGUCAUAUUUCGAACAACGCGGCUGCGAGAACGAGAACGAGAGUCGACAAACAUUUGUGUAAUUUGAUUGUGUUGUUGUAAUUGGUAUGGUUAUCGCGAUUUAAUUUAUUAUAAUUCUCUUUGGAUGGCUAUGGCUAAGGAAGGAUCUCGCGCUAAGGAGCCGUCAUAUUCUUCCGACGUCGCGAAGAAAUGUGCGGGAGCUGCGCACUUCCGCACGCACCCACGACAUCGAAAUCAGAACUCAGCGAGUUGUACUGUAAAUUAAGACAGAAAUUAUGUGAGACGCAAAUUAUAUUAUAAAUUAUACUGAAAAAAAUAUAUGUAUAUUACACCCCAGAAAGCAACGCGCAUGUUUGACGGACGUCUGCGUGCGCGCGAGACGACUUUCUAAAAAUAUCUAAAAUAUGAUGCAUCUUCAAAAGAGACAUCUCCAAGAUUCUUUUUCAAGAAUUCAUUAUUAAAAUUAUAUUGUUAUUUAUUUUGCUUGAAUUAUUUUCGAGCUUAUCUUGUUCGGAUGUCCAUUUUUUGAUAGAACUUCAUCAUGU